UUUCAACACAUGCGCUGUCAAUAAAACGUAACCUAAACGUAAAAAAUAAGGUUAUGUCAAUUACCUUUUUGAGUGGUUCGUAUUUCUCUGCAAUAAACUAAGUUAAUUUUAUGGUGGGUGUGUUUUUCUUUAUUUAAAACGAACUCCGAUAAAGAUUCGAUCAUAAAUAAACUAAAAAAUGGGUUCUAGUAGUAAAAAAUAUAAAGAGAAAGAUGCUAACAAUAAGAAGAGGAAGCAAAGCCCCAGUAGGAGUGAUUCGGAGGAAUACGAUCGCGAUCGCCACCGAGAUAGGAAACAUAAACAUAGGAGACAUCAUAAGGAUAAGAAAAGGCAUAAACAUCAUGAUUAUGAAAGUCAUGAUUCGGACGUUAUCGAGGUAUCCCCUGAUCGCGCUCCAUCACCAAAACGUGAUAAAACUCCUGAACAAUCAGGACAGUCCCAAGAAUCCCUUUCGAUUCAAGAAUCAAAUAAAAUAAGAGCUCAACUUGGGUUAAAACCACUUGAAGUUAACAAAGCUGAUGAUAAACCCAAAGCUGAUGGUAAAAAGAAAGAUGAUUGGGGUGAAUUUUAUCACAAACCAGCUGGAAAUAUCAGCCAGAAAAACCAACAGGAAAAAAUUAAAACAAAAUUGGCCGAACAUAAAGAAAAAAGAUUAAUUGCUACUAAAUUAUCAAAAAUAAAACCAUUAGGGGAAAGCGAUAGUGAUGAUAAUGCGUCAAAUUGGGUUGAUAGAUCAAGAAAAAUUGAACAGGCUAAGAAAGAUGCCGAAAACCGUGCUAAACUUUUACAAGAACUGGAUGAGCAAUUUGGAGUAACCGACAUAAUUGAAUCCGAAACCAAAGGAAGAAGACAACAACAAUAUUCAGAAAAACAUUUAAAAGGGUUAACCGUCGAACAUGACAUCAAUGAGAUAGCUGAAGAACGAUCUGUUAUUUUAACAUUAAAAGAUAAUAAUGUUUUAGAUGAAAAAGAUGAUGUUUUAGUGAAUGUUAACAUGGUUGAUAAUGAACGUUACAAGAAAAACGUUGAAAAUUUGAAAAAGAAACCUCAGUAUAAUGCUUAUGAUGUAGAGGAAUUCGAUGAAUUUGGUAAUCCGAUUGAAAAAUCAUUAUUGGAUAAAUAUGAUGUUGAAAUUGAUGGUGAAAAGAAACAAUCGUUCAGAAUUGGGCAUGAUAAUUAUUUGGAACGAAAACACGCCGCUAUGGAAAGUGUUAAAAAUAAAUUGGCUAAUAAAAAACUGGAAAGCUUACAAGGACCUGGUUUAACUUUGGCUUCGGAAUAUUAUAAUGAGGAGGAGCUAACUAAGUUUAAAAAACCAAAAAAGAAAAAGGUACGAAAAAUCCGCGAAAAAGGAAAAUUAACAGCUGACUAUUUAGAACAAAUACAAGAUGAAGAAAAUAAAAAGGAUGUUAAAAAAAUUGAAGAAAUGGAUAUUGAUGAUAUCCCAGAUAUCAAAUUACAACCGGAUCAAUUAAAAUAUGAAGAAAAAGAUGAUGCAUUUAAUCGUGCAAUAAAAAAAACUCGUCUCAUGAAAGACAAAGAAAAAUUAAUUGAUGUAAUUUCAGCUUUAAAAGCGAUUAAAGAUGAACCAAUUGAAUCGUCACAAAUCGAUACUGGACACAUCAUUUUAAAUUCAACCGCAGAAUUUUGUCGCACACUCGGCGAUAUUCCAACUUACGGUCGUGCAGGAAAUCGAGAUCAAGAUAUUGUCGAGGAAGAUUUAUUAGAUUUCGAAGGAGGUGAUGCCGGAGGUAAUAAAUCGGAUGAUGAUUGCCAAAUAAUCAGCGAUGAUGAAGGUGGUCGUUGGAACUCCGUCGAUUUAAAUGAACACAGACACUCAGAAUUGAAACAAUCGGAAGUUCCGAUUUUAGAUGAAGAACCAGAUGUUGGAACGGGGGUUGGAGCUGCAUUAAAAUUGGCUAUGAGUAAAGGUUAUUUGGAUAAGGAGCAAAAUAAUCGGCCGUCCAACACACGGUUAGCUCACUUACAAGCAAAGCAUUAUUCAAUUGAAGAUAAAACGUACGGUGAUGAUAUAGAAAGGGGCGGGCGAAGAGAACGAUAUACGGGACCAGUAUCGGAAUUUAAAGAGAAAGAUACCUUUAAACCCAACGUUAAAUUGGAGUACAUUGACGACGAAGGUCGAGUUUUGAAUUCGAAGGAAGCUUUUCGGUAUUUAUCACAUAAAUUUCAUGGUAAAGGACCGGGUAAAAAUAAAAUUGAGAAGAGAUUAAAGAAACAGCAACAAGAAGGAUUGAUGAAGAAAAUGAGCUCCACAGAUACACCGUUAGGUACUUUGAAUAUGUUACAAGCUAAGCAAAAAGAGAUGCAAAGUCCUUAUAUUGUUUUAAGCGGUGGUAAACAUACUCAUUCAACCACAAUUUCAAAACAAUCUCGUCGAUAAAUUUUUUUUAAUUAAUUAUUUAGAAUAAUUUAACGAUUAUAAUAUACCAUGUAAUGAAUUAAUAUAAUUCAAUAAAUAUAUAAAGCACAACUUACAAUGUA